CCCAGAAUCAGAGCUGAACAUAGAAAAUUUAAAUUCAAAAAAAUUUAAAAAAAGGCAACUCAAACAUUUGCGGAGAGAAAAGAAGAGAGAUAUAGAUAGAGAGAGGCGGUCGUUGCGAUAAAAGCUUGGCGGAGUCGUUUCCCACACUCUUUUGACGGUCAGAGAAACAGCGAAGCAAACCACAACGAAAAAGAUUCGCUUUACGUUUCCUUAAAACAUGCGGUUUUAUAUAUAAUUAGUCCCCGACUCGUCUCUGAUCUAUCCACUAACUUACUGCUUCUAGGGUUUUCUUUCUUAUUCAGGGUAACAGCCAUGCCAACGUUUACUGCUGUAGCUUUUGAUAGGCUGAUAGAUCCUAGAGAGCCCAAAUCUGUUGACAUGCCAGUUCCUAAUUCAAAACCUCCUUCUAGAUCAAAACCCGCUCCUCAGCCAAACUUGAUGUCGGAGAGGAGAAAUGACACUUCAUUGAUCAUUGGAAGGAAAGUGAAUCGUCCUCCAAUAACACCAGCACUCUACGCAACUCCUGAGCCAACUCCACUUCCUGAUUCGCCAUCUUCAUUUCCUCCUUCACCUUACAUCAUCAAUCACAAGCGGCGUGGGCCACGGCUAGUGAAGAAGUCCUCACAGGCAGAUGUGGCCUUGUGUGGAGAACCAAAAGAUGAAGAAAAGGUCACUGGGAAUGCUACAAAAAAUGCUGAAAUAAAGAGUGUUGAUCCAAUCAAUGGUGCUUCUGUCUCUUUCACUAUUUCUGGAUCUGUUGAAGGGAAACACAACAGUAAUGCCCAGAAUACUCUUGUGAAGGAACAUGUGAAUGGUUUCUGUGAUGGUCCUACAGAAAAAGAGCAUGUGAAUGGUGUGCAUGAUGGUGAGCCUGGAAGCAGAUAUAGGCAAUUUCAGAGCAGUAACAGGGAACUCCAAAGCAGCAGCUCGAUUAAUGCUUUGCCUGGGAAGAAUGAUUUGCCAAAGCCUAUUGGAUUAAAAUCAGAGAGUAAUAGUGAGUUUGAAGAUUUUUUUGAUCCACAGGAAUCAAUGAGUGCUGCAAGUAACACAGAUGGAGAAGAUAAUACCUGGGCAGAAAGUUCUACAAAGCUUGCUACUCCAAAGGGAGAGUUUUAUGAUGCUUGGGAAGAGUUAUCAUCUGAGGGUGGGCUUCAGUCUUCUCCUCAGGAUAAAGAGACUGAACUGUGUGAAAUGAGAUUAAGUUUACUCACGGAAUUAGAGAAGCGAAAGCAAGCAGAAGAAGCUUUGAAUGAUGUACAAAGUCAGUGGCAGAGGGUUAGGGAACAGUUAGCUCACGCAGGAUUAAUAUUGCCUGCAGAUCCCUCUACAGUAGGGGAGGAUGGACAACCAAAUAUCAAUCUUGCAGAAGAGCUUUGCCAACAACUUCAUCUUGCUCGAUUCGUAUCAGAAUCUAUUGGGAGGGGCAUUGCAAAGGCUGAGAUGGAGGCAGAAAUGGAAGCUCAGAUUGAAGCAAAGAACUUUGAGAUUGCCCGAUUGUGGGAUCGGCUUCACUAUUAUGAGGCCAUGAAUCGAGAAAUGUCGCAGAGGAACCAGGAAGCUGUAGAGAUGGCACGGCGUAAUAGACAAAGAAGGAAAAGAAAGCAGAGAUGGAUUUGGGGCUCAAUUGCUGCCGCAAUUACCUUCGGAACCGCAGCCUUAGUAUGGUCUUACCUCCCAACACAGAAAGAAUCAACUAGCAGUUGUCCUGUUGUGCCUGAGCACGAUGAUGCUGCCAAGCAGUGAAUCAAAUUGAAAGUAAAGAGAAUAAAAAGUUCAUACAUGCUAGUUUGUGAAUAGCCAGGAUUUCUUGCUUUUAUCAGUUGCUUGCAGAGGAUGUAUAGACCGAUAAAAAAAUUCAAAUAUCUGAAGUUACGACUCUUACUGGCAAUCUUGGAGGUUCUGGAAUUUGAAUUGGGCAGCCUUGGUUAUCAGAUUAGUAUUUAUUUAGCUUUUGUGCACUUUAGGGACUGCUCAUGUUUGUUCACACACAGACACAGCUUGAUGAUAUUGUUCUAUUCAAUGUUUUGGGCCGGCUGUGACUUGAAGGUGGAAAUCAGGUUUUGGUUA